UCCUCAUCAUCCAAAAAAUGUCGUCGAGGACGUCUAUCUACACUCUCGCGAGUGUCACCGUUCUUGGGGGCCUUUUGGCCUACGUGGUGUACUUUGACUACAAACGAAGGAACGAUGCCGAGUUCCGCAGGAAGCUACGGAAGGAGAAAAAGAAGGCAAACAAAACAGCCGCACGACCGCAAGGUGGUGCUGUGGACGCUGAUGACCUUCGUGCUGCGUUGGCCAAGGUUCGGACAGAGGAGCUUCCGGCAACUCCUGAAGAGAAGGAACAAUACUUUAUGACACAAGUUGGCAUGGCUGAAGAACUAGCUGCUCAAGGCCCUGCGUUCCGUCUUCCUGCUGCGCUGUCGUUCUACAGAGCACUCCGAGUGUACCCAUCACCAGUGGAGUUGAUUAUGAUCUACCAAAAGACUGUUCCAGAAGAUAUCUUCAAGGUUAUCAUGGAUCUGACUAACAUGGACGUUAAAGACCGUGUCGAAGGCUAUUACAAUAUCUUCCCACCAAAAAGUAUGAAUGUUUCCGUCCAGGAUGGCAAGGAUAAGAAGAAAAUUCUUGUUGCUGAGAAAGACUUCGAACCUGGUGACGUCAUCUACAAGGAGGAGCCAAUUGUAACUGCUCUUGACCUCGACAUUCAAGCCCAAGAUUCACAUUGUGCACACUGCUUCAGGAGCAUCCAAAAAGGCGUGGCUAUCAAAGCCGACAUCGACCGACUCGGUGCUGUAUAUUGCUCAAAAGAUUGCCAAUUAAAGUCUAAAGUUCAAUCCGAAAAUCUCCUCUUUGGCCUGGACGCCGUCCUGCCUCCUGAAUUGGACAGUGGCAUUUCUGAUCUCUCCAAGGCCGAUCGUGAGCAGGCGCAAGGUCCAUUUGCCGACUACCUCAAAUCAAAAGGCAAAACUGGUCCUAUUCUUGUUGCUCGUUUAGUGGCUAGAGCCAUCGCUAUCGAAACGGGAAAGCUCCUACCAAAGAAGUCUGGUCCUGCCGCGACGGAUUUACCCCUACUUGUUGAUGACAACGCGGAUUACAGCUUGUAUGACCAUCUUGAGCGACUCCGAUACAUCGAGGUCAACCCCCCGGAGGAAGAGAAUAAGUUAUUGACUAAAGUUUUGGCUGCUGCUGUUCCCGGCUUGGAGCAAUCAAUAACCGACGAACGAUACGCUAUGUAUCUGGGCAAGGUGACAUACAACGCUUAUGGUGUAUGCUUUGGAGGAGGGCGAGACGACAAGCCCGUGUCUUCGGAACGGCCUGAAGACAAAGAACGCACCCGAACUCCCUAUGGCACUUCUCGCCAAGUUGGCAGCGGUUUCUACCUUGUCUCAUCCUACAUUGGACACUCCUGUGCGCCAUCUGCGCGUCCUUCGUUCAGUUCUGGCACAGCGGAGCUACACCUCAUUGCCACGCGCAAGCUUAAGAAGGGCGACGAGAUUACGGUAUCCUACGUGGAUGUAUCUCAACAUGAUGGAGAGGCUCCCGAGGAAGCCAGGAGACGCCGUCGCUUCGAACUUGCUUGGGGAUGGCGAUUUAGAUGCGAAUGUGAACGAUGUGUAUCCGAAACGAAGGAUAGCAAGGAUAAUAAGGAAAAUGACGUGGGGCUUGAAAAGGACGGAUCAAAGGUUGAGGAUGUUGUGCAGCGGGCAGAGAAAGGAGGGCCCGGGGGCGUUCAGGACCCUUCACAAUUACUUGGUCCUGACUGAACUCAGUUCAAACCAUGUCGUAGAUGCGAGAGUAUCUCUGCUUUGCUUGCAUUGAGCCUUUGUGUAGUACGGUAAAUGUUUGCUUAAUGACGCUUUUCAAAGACACAAAUAACGUUUCGGUGCGAAUCUCGGUUGUAGACAGGUUGUACUCGUAGACCAUAAGCGCCGUCAAAUCGUGCGACC